AUGAACCAGCAGCGGCCACAGGACCGCGUUAUCGUACAUGGAGUGGUAAAACAGAGCUUGCGAAGACCGCGAUUUCAGAUUUACACAGCGAUUCGCUUCUGAUUUCUUGCUGCUUUUGUCAAAAUUUGGCAUCUUCGUGUUUGGUAAAUAGGAAGAAAGCCAUAUUAGAGGCCUUGUCUUUAUUUGUUUACUUAUUUAUUUAUAUCCAUAAAAGAAAAGCUGCUGUCUUGCUAUCAAAACACUCGUAGUGGUUCAUUUCCUUAAAGGGUCCUGUUGGAAAACAUAAAUAGCAGCGAAAUCUAGUUUACAGUAAUAAUGGCUCGUCCACGGCCUCGAGAGUACAAAGCUGGAGAUCUGGUUUUUGCGAAAAUGAAGGGAUAUCCACACUGGCCAGCGAGGAUUGAUGAACUCCCGGAAGGAGCCGUCAAGCCACCUGCUAAUAAAUACCCCAUAUUCUUCUUCGGUACUCAUGAAACGGCAUUCCUGGGUCCCAAGGAUCUACUUCCAUACAAGGAUUAUAAAGAGAAAUUUGGCAAGCCCAACAAGAGAAAAGGCUUCAACGAGGGCCUGUGGGAGAUUGAGAACAAUCCUGGUGUCAAGUUCACUGGCUACCAGGCCAUUCUUCAGCAGAGCUCCUCGGAAACAGAAGCCGAGGGGGUCAACGCUGCCGAUAGGAGCAGCGGGGGAGAAGAGGGCGAGUCCAUAGACGAGGAAGACAAGGGCAAGCCCAAGGGGGAUAAGGCUGGAUCCAAGCGGAAAAAGACAGUUUCAUCCAAGAAGGCAUCCAAGUUAUCAAGGAAGUGCUCAGGUGAUGAAGAUGAGGAGAAGGAUGGUGAAGAGGAAGACCAAAAGAGUGACUCAGAGACCGGAGACCCCAACAAUGACAAUGACAUGCGAAAUGCUUCAGAAAACAAGAAAACCCAGUUACUCAGAGAAGAACGCUAAAUUUUGAGGAAUCACUCUUAAGAGAAGUAAUUAAUUUUGGCUGUCAAGUGUCAUUGAAAUUGUGAAUUUCUGAUCGCUUUCCUCUCUCCAUUUCAUCCAUCAUCACAAACCAGGGAUUUCGUCUGUUACAUUUGUUCCUGUGAAGACAAAGCAUUCAUUAUCCAAAUAUGGGAUCAACUCAACGAGGAGGUCGAAGCAAACUGAUCAGGUCUGAGGAUGGCCAACAAUGUUAAUUUUCAAUUUGUAAAGUUGUUCUCCAACAUCAGUAACCCACACAAUCCAUAGAAUCUGUUUUAGUCUGCCUCAUUGCUUGUGUCUUGUUACAUAAAACUACAUCCCUAUACAAUGAUAAAAGAAAAUGGACUACCUGCUGGAAUAUAUCUGUUGAAACUUGUGCACACUGCAUUAUGUCACUGUUUUAUGUAAUCAGAAUAAAACUGAAUUUAAAAAUAAAAAUUACAAUAAAUGUAUGAAAUAUUGUUCACAGAGUUACACAUUGUAACUUAAUUAUAUAUUAUAAUUAUUUUACUGUAGAAUAUAGGAUCUCUAGUAUUCUACUAAACUCUAGGCCACUGCUCAUCUUUUUACAAAACAAUCUAACUCUUCAAUGUCUGUGGAAUGGUUUAUGUUUCUAGUGCUUUUUAUUGGCAUGCCUGACAAUUUGUACAUAUCCAUUUGUCAGAGUAGUUCCUUUAGUUUUCCAGUUAACCUGCUUUUGAACAUUAGCGUAGCACUGCCACAGUACCAUGGUAUCAGUGUGUUUGAGCUUGCUAAGGCACUUCUGUUCUCUUCAUUAAAAUCUCUUCAUUAUACUGCAA